AGGGAUCAUGUGAUUCAUCACAUGACAGAAGGUCAGCAGAAAGGCAGAAUGGGACUCCGAGCCUGCCUUCUAGGGCUCCUUGCCCUUUUCGUCACUGGCAAAAGCAGUUACAGCCCGGAGCCCGACCAGCGGCGGACGCUGCCCCCAGGCUGGGUGUCUCUGGGCCGUUUGGACCCUGAGAAAGAGCUGAGUCUUACGUUCGCCUUGAGACAGCAGAACCUGGAAAGACUUGCGGAGCUGGUGCAGGCUGUGUCGGAUCCCAGCUCUCCUCACUACGGAAAAUAUCUGACCCUUGAGGAUGUGGCUGAGCUGGUCCAGCCAUCACCACUGACCCUCCACACAGUCCAGAAAUGGCUCUUGGCAGCUGGAGCCCGGAACUGCCAUUCAGUGACCACACAGGACUUUCUGACUUGCUGGCUGAGUGUCCGACAGGCAGAGCUGCUGCUCUCUGGGGCUGAGUUUCAUCGCUAUGUGGGAGGACCUGCAGAGACCCAUGUUAUAAGGUCCCCACAUCCCUACCAGCUCCCACAGGCCUUGGCCCCCCAUGUGGACUUUGUGGGGGGACUGCACCGCUUCCCACCCACAUCAUCCCUGAGGCAACGCCCUGAGCCACAGGUGGCAGGGACUGUUGGCCUGCACCUGGGGGUGACCCCAUCUGUGAUCCGUCAGCGAUACAACCUGACAGCACAAGAUGUAGGCUCUGGCACCACCAACAACAGCCAGGCUUGUGCACAGUUCCUGGAGCAGUACUUCCAUGACUCAGACCUGGCUAAGUUCAUGCACCUUUUUGGUGGGAGCUUUGCACACCAAGCAUCAGUAGCACGUGUGGUCGGAAAACAGGGCCGGGGCCGGGCCGGGAUCGAGGCCAGUCUAGAUGUGCAGUACCUGAUGAGUGCUGGUGCCAACAUCUCUACUUGGGUCUAUAGUAGUCCUGGUCGGCAUGAGUCACAGGAGCCCUUCCUACAGUGGCUCCUCCUGCUCAGUAAUGAGUCAGUCCUGCCACAUGUGCACACUGUGAGCUAUGGAGAUGACGAGGACUCACUUAGCAGUGCCUACAUCCAGCGGGUCAACACUGAGUUCAUGAAGGCUGCCACUCGGGGUCUCACCCUCCUCUUUGCCUCAGGUGACAAUGGAGCUGGGUGUUGGUCUGUCUCUAGAAGAUACCAGUUCCGUCCCAGCUUCCCUGCCUCUAGCCCCUAUGUCACCACAGUGGGAGGCACAUCCUUCCAGAAUCCCUUCCGCAUCACAAAUGAGAUUGUUGACUAUAUUAGUGGUGGUGGCUUCAGCAAUGUAUUUCCACGGCCUUCAUACCAGGAGGAAGCUGUAGCCCAGUUUCUGAACUCCAGCCCCCAUCUGCCACCAUCCAGUUAUUUCAAUUCCAGUGGCCGUGCCUACCCAGACGUGGCUGCACUCUCUGAUGGCUACUGGGUGGUCAGCAAUGGUGUGCCCAUUCCAUGGGUGUCCGGCACCUCGGCCUCCACUCCAGUGUUUGGGGGACUCCUGUCCCUGAUAAAUGAGCACAGAAUCCUCAGUGGCCACCCACCUCUUGGCUUUCUCAAUCCAAGGCUCUACCAGUACCAGGGAGCAGGACUCUUUGAUGUGACCCAUGGCUGCCAUGAGUCUUGUCUGAAUGAAGAGGUGCAGGGUGAGGGGUUCUGCUCUGGCCCUGGCUGGGAUCCUGUGACAGGAUGGGGAACACCCAACUUCCCAGCUCUGCUGAAGAUAUUACUCAACCCUUGACAUUUUCCUGCCAGGAGAACUGACCUAUAUCUUGCCAUGCAACUAGUGGCUUGGUCCCUUAUUUUGCCUUGUUGGGAGCCCUUCUGAAUCCUCAGCCAUGACUGCUACAAGCAGCUUACUUCUCUAACCUUGCAAUGCUGUGAGCUGGACUUGACUCCCAAACCUACCCUUCUCUAUUAUACUCAGGUCUCCACAUUCCUGCCUCAAGUUCCCCUGUAACAUGCAAUAACCAGCACUUUUGGGUGACCCUACCCCCAUCUCUUCUUUCUCUUUUCAUCUAGACUUUUCCAAAGGGU